AUGGUUGACUGGCACGCUACUUCGGUUGUGAUGAAACGAAAAGUGAGUGUUUUUUACCAAAAAAAGUCUGAAAGAAUGCAGCUCAAAGUACGAAAAUGUCCAACUGAUGAAUUGGCUGUAUCGAAUUGUGCUAUAGUUAACGCAAAACUCUUCGAUUCGAAAGGCAUUAAGCAUGUAUUGGUGAAAACAGGCCCAGCUCGUCAGUUUAUUUUUACCAUAAAAAAUCAUCCAUCAGUGGAAAUGGAUGGAAUUGCAUUUGCGAUGCAACAACGCAAAUGGGCCGCUUUAUCAUUAGAUCAGGCGGUUGACGUUCAACCGUUUCUCUUUCGGAACGAUGAAUAUAUUAGUUCAAUCGUAUUUGCUGCUGAUUUUCAAUCAAAGAAAGGGCAAACUCAAGAACCAUUAAAUUCGGAUUUUAUGGCACGUGAAUUUUCUAUGCAAUUUACUGGAAAAGCUUUCACUCGUGGUGAAUUACUGGUUUUCAAAUUUGAUGAUGAUAAGCAGAAAACUUACACGUUAUCAUUGACAGUCGUAUCAAUCACUGGUAUUUCAUCAACUUCAUAUUCCAGUCUUUCUGGACAACUUUUGCCAAAUUCAGCUAUCAUUUUCGAUAAAGCUGAAGGAUCGAUGUUGAAUUUAAUUGGCAAAAGUAAAGGCCAAUCUGCGUACCGAUCAAUCAUAAAUCCAGAUUGGGAUUUCCAAAAAAUGGGUAUUGGUGGUCUUGAUAAAGAAUUUUCGGAUAUAUUUAGGCGUGCCUUUGCUUCACGUGUUUUCCCUCCGGAGUUUAUCGAGCAAUUAGCAAUGAAACACGUUCGAGGCAUCUUAUUAUACGGACCUCCUGGAACCGGCAAAACUUUAAUGGCUCGACAAAUUGGAAAAAUGUUGAAUGCCAGAGAACCAAAGAUUGUCAAUGGACCUCAAAUUUUAGACAAGUAUGUUGGUGAAUCAGAGGCGAAUAUUCGAAAAUUGUUUGCAGACGCAGAAGAGGAAUGGAAACGAUGUGGUGCAAAUUCUGGUCUUCACAUAAUUAUUUUUGAUGAAAUUGAUGCGAUUUGCAAACAGCGUGGAUCAGUGGCUGCCACAUCAGCAGUACAUGACACAGUUGUAAACCAAUUAUUAGCCAAAAUGGAUGGUGUUGAACAACUAAAUAAUAUUCUGGUUAUUGGGAUGACAAAUAGAAGAGAUAUGAUUGAUGAGGCAUUAUUGAGACCAGGUCGAAUGGAAAUGCAAAUGGAAAUUUCACUGCCAGAUGAAUUCGGACGUUUAGAGAUUCUAAAAAUACAUACAGCGAGGAUGAGGGAAUAUGGCAAAUUAGAUCCCAAUGUAGAUCUCAUUGAUCUAUCUAAGCGAACGAAAAAUUUUUCUGGAGCAGAAAUUGAAGGUCUUAUAAGAGCUGCACAAUCUAGUGCAAUGAAUAGAUUAGUGAAGGCAGGUGGUAAAGUUCAGUUAGAUCCAGAUGCUGUUGAAAAACUUAUGGUUAAUAUAGAUGAUUUCAAUUAUGCUCUCGAGAAUGAUAUCAAACCGGCAUUUGGUCGUUCCGACGAAGAGUUAGCGAGAUUUUUCAUUGAUGGAUUAAUAAUUUGGUGUUCUGAAAUUUCUCAUAUAUUAGAACGUGGCGCUUUAUUGGUGAAGCAAGUGCGAAGUCCCGAUACUAAAGGAUUUGUUUCCCUGCUGUUGGAAGGUCUUCCGAAUACCGGAAAAUCUUGUUUAGCUGCAACUAUUGCCAAACAGUCGGAUUUUCCAUUUAUUAAAGUAGUAAGCGCUGAAGAUAUGGUAGGGUUCAACGAAAUGGCGAAAUGUAUGAAUUUGCGUAAAAUGUUCGAUGAUGCAUAUCGUUCGCCGCUUAGUUGUCUCAUCGUCGAUGAUAUUGAGCGCCUUUUGGAUUAUUCCCCUCUCGGACCUCGUUAUUCGAAUUUGGUUCUUCAAGCCCUAUUUGUCCUCUUUAAAAAACAGCCACCUCCUAAUCGUCGUUUGCUUGUCAUUGCUACUUCGAGCAAUCGAUCUCUUUUGCACGAGUUUGGUUUAAUAACAGCUUUUAAUGCGGUUAUUGAUGUACCUGUCUUAAGUACCGUAGAUCACAUUAUGUCUGUCAUUGAGGAUACGAAUGCUCUUCCUCCAGCGGAUUGUGAUAAAGUUCGAAAGAGGCUUUCUUCUAGUGAUAUUACAUAUUCAGUCGGAAUCAAGAAAUUAUUAAGCAUAAUUGAUAUGGCUAAAGAAUCAAACCCAUCAGAAAAAGCUGAGCAAUAA